AUGAGGGCUGGAAUCUCCUAUUCUGCCAUAUUGCUGACAUCAUUCACCCAGUGCCUCAUCAGAUUCAUAUCAUCUUUUCUUUCUAGAAAAUCCAUUGAAGAUACAAUGAGACCAACGGAAGUACAGUUAACAAUCACUGAAGCCCUGUGGGACCAGGUGCUAACAGCUUUUAGGGAUAUACAAAAGGAGCUGCAAGACGAUGCUCGGAUUCGAGGAAUGAGCAACUGCUCCAAAACACCCAUAUCAUCUGCAUCCAGGACUGGAAGCAUGAGUCUUCGGGAUUCUGGGAUGACCCUAAAGUUGGGAAGAUUGCUGCCAAGCACUGGAGAGCAGUCAUCAGGGGCCCUAGUCCCCAACCUGAGAAACCAGCUCUCUGAUCAAUCAACUUGCUACCCUGGACCCUAA